AUGAUGAUUACCAUGGCCAACUACCAUCUGAUGGUCCCGAAUCUGCCGCCGGCUUCUUCUUCGGAAGUUCGGACCGCACAACGAACGGUAUGCUUUUUCCCUUGGAAAUCAUUCUAAACUACAUACCAUCCUCUCAUCUUUUAUGUUUGAUCUGUGAGAAUCGCGAAAAAGGAUAGGAUAGGAAGAAGAAGAAGAAGAAGAAGAAAAAGAUGGUAUCGAGAAAGGGAAUCAGGUCCUGAUGUUGAUGAUGCAAAUGGAAUGGUAUUGACGUUCGUUACGCAAACGUUUAGCCAAAGUGCUGUCUGAGAAUGUUUGAAUUGUUUGGCAGGCUUGGGUUCUUGUACUUUAGAGACUGUUUUGAAGACUUUCUGAACUCUCACUCUAGGUUAUUGUACAUUCAAAAGUCGGCGCUUUGUCGUCGUGGUGUAUACAGGAUUUGUACCGUAGUGCUUUGGCUGGCCACAGUACUUCCAAAUAUCUGAUCAGUUCAGCAACAUAUCUCUUUUCCUGGCACGUUCCGAUCACACGCGUGAUAAGUCGGUUAUGCAAACUAGUGCCGAGUGUGUCAAACUCUAAUAUAUUCCCGCCGGUGUUUCCCAUGUUUUCGUGUAUUUUCGCGUACGCGGUCACGUGUUUUCGUUACCGGACGAGUAUAAAGGGAGGCCCGACCAAUUUCAGUAGAGCGCGCUUACUUUUCUGCGAAAAAGAGAUCAGAACCUCCCCCAAAAAAAGGUCAGAAACGGGGCGGGAUGUCUCUUUCUCCUUCUUCUUCUUCUUCGUUUCCUUUUUAAGCCCCCCUCCCUCUCCCUGUGUCUUACUUGUUGCGGGCUAGGUUAGUUUUAUGUGGAAAUACCCUUCCGGUCCUAUUAUACGUUUUGUUUUGUGAGUUGCAAAUAAGCAUUUCCGAUUUCAGAUGUUCAACGAGCCGCAUCCGAGUCUUUUCGGCCAACUGAGCAACAAAAAAGUGAGUUGCUACUGGGACUACUGUAGUUUUCGCCAUUUCUGAAGAAGGGAGUGCCCCCAGCACACGAAGAAUUCCAGUGCCAAGACAUCGAGAAGGGAGCGAAAGAGAGAAAGACGAAAACAAAAGCAACCCGAUAGUAAAAAUCACGUUUUGAGUGUGAGCGUGUAUGUGUCUCUUCGUCCAUUGACCGCCCGUUUUUAUCUCUUUUCUUUGUGUCUCCCUGGACAUUCUCUUGUGAUCGAAUCACCUGAAAGUUACUGGAGGAGUAUUGUCAUUCUCUCCAAUUACUGAAACACUACCAUGAUUUUUCUGACCUACACCCCUGUCAUUCAACAGUACGAUGCGGUAAGAUCCAACUUUUUUGCAAAGACAAGUGAGAGAUACUCGAAAAAUGAUGAUGCUAGUUUGACCUAUCCUAUAGAGAUUCUAGAAUGUUUCUUGAUGAGAAGAGACACAUUACAAAGAUCAUUUGUCUUCUUUCUCUUCUUAUCAAUUGAAUGUUUUCGAAAACAGACGGCCACCAAGUGUAAGUCAGUUGGAAAGGGCAAGUACUGAAAUAGAUCGGUCCGAUUGGUUUGGAUCUGAAAUUAGAGUUGCAAAAAGUCGAAUCCUAGACUGGUCAGAAAGUUAGGACACUGAAAUUGGAGUGAAAGUGCAAAAAACCAGUUAGAAGUUCAAAAAUCGGAUCAGAAUGCCUUAGGAUCGCUGGUCAUUCCAAUUCCAAUGAUCUUCCAGGUGGUGGUAGCCGCAGCAUGUACCCUGCCGGCCGAUUCCCUUUUCGCCGUGAUGCUCUACCUGAUCUACCCGGACUCGUUCCUCCCCUCCACCCUUUUCAUCGUCAACUUCUCGCUGGUCCUUCUCGCUCUUCUGGGCAUCAACUCCAAGGUGUCGUCGAUGAUAUUGCCGGCGUUGGUGUGGAAAUGCGUGCUCCUUUUGUUCCUCUUGUUCUUGGGAUGCAUUUCCGUAGAUGCCUACCAGAUUCCGACUGAGCUAGACCCUUCGGUCCCUGCGGUAAGUUCUCUGGAAGCAAGAGUUAGAGGGGAAUAUGCAUUUUUUUCCAGGAGAAUCCCCAACCCCACCGAUCAAUGAUGAUUUGGAAGGAUUUGGCAGCAAAGUACCGAUGUUGCCGUUCGUCGCCGUCGCUUGUACGAUUGUUCUUGCAGUGGAAGCAAGGUAUGAAGAUUUCGAAGGAAUCGCAUGAAUGAAACGUUUGUUGCAGAGUAUUCUUCUCGGCGUGGCAAAAGAUAUGCUGUCCGGCGGUGGUCCAUGAUGAGUCCCAUCUGGAAAAGGUGGGGUAUCUCCGUCACCUCGAAUAUAGUUCCCUUCCCUUUCAGUCCCCGCCGUCGUACAACGCUUGCGUGCGUGCCACGUCCAGCGAAAAAGAUCUUCCGAGCUACGAAGACGCGCUGAGAUCGUGCUCGAACGCGUCGGGCCCGCAGCCCUCUUCCUCGUCGAAUCCGUCCGUCCGACCGCCGCACUCUGUCUACACGAUACCCGACGUCAAAGUGCACAAAAGUUGUAGCGCUUCCAAACUGACAGUGAUCAACCUUUGA